AAAAAUAAUUUAUUACAGCAAAGACUCAACAUUAAUAUUUUGAUUAUAGCAGACUCAAUUGUUAUCACGGUUUGCGAUAAGCCCUCCAAAUACAUAAACACAAUUGUAUGUAUGUGUAUUUACUCGAUAUUUUUUAAUAUAAGUGAAGGAAACUUUAGUAAUCUGAACAAAUAUGAGAAAAACAAUAACUGCUUUUCUUGCAAUUAUAAGCUUAUUGUGUUGUCAAGCUUGGCCAGAGAAUUCGCUUAAAGGAAGUCUUCCAGGAAAGCUAUGUUUUCAACGAUUUCGACGUCAAUUUGACAUAACAUUAUCCGCUGAUCAUAAUAAUCAACAACGCAAAACAGAAAUAGCUCUGGAGGCCCUUGCGAAUCUAUGGCGUAGUCACGAUAGUAAAACGACUGUUGAUGGUGGAGUUAAAGUGGCACAUAGCAAAAGCGCUUUCCAAACGGAUAAUACGCAACUUUCGGCGCGUCUUGAUGUCAAAUUUGAAGUUGGAAGGAAGUAAAAUUCGCAUUUGUCUUUGUCUUAAAAAAAAUAAUAAUUUAAGUAUGUAUAAAUAUUGAAAAUAUAAGAUAUUAUGCAUUAUAUUUAUGUAGAUCUUUCAAUUAAAAUUAACUUAUACAUUCAUAUGUACAUAUACGCGACGAGAAUAGAUUAUUUGUCAACCAAUAAUGGCUUUCAAUAUAAGCACAGUAUACUGUGAAUAUAAGUACAUAUUUUGUGAUCGAAAUACUAUGAAAAGAAUAGA